AGCUUCUCUCUCUCUCUCUAAAAUUAUAAAUUUCAUGAUUUCAUUUGUCUCCCCAACUCCCCAGGCAUCCAAUUUACAGAGCCCCAAAAGCCCAUUUUCACUUUCUCAGACCCCCUCCCCUCCCAAAAGCCUGUCUGCUCUUUCUAUCAACCCGUCUGUUUCUCUGUCUUAAUCUCUUGUCUAUUUCUCUCUCUCUCUCUCUCUCUCUCUUUCUCUCUCUCUCUCUCUAAAAAUCCAUCACUAUGAUUCAGCAGAGGAAACAAGUAUCAGAAAUGAGAGGUUCUUCAAGCCCCAAGUCUUUGAUAGCUUCAAGCAUUGUUACAAUGGAUGUUAAGACUCCUAAGCCUUUCCAAUCUCCAUGUCUUUUUAAGGAACCUGCAUUUGAGGGGAACCCAAGCAUCUUGAGCAAGGGCAAAGAGAACCCAUUUGUGGAAGCAUUUCAUGAUCACCAUGUCCCACUCUGCAAGCUCAAUCUCAGAGAAACUUCUGACUUUGUAAGGGCAUUUCCAAUGGCUAGAAAUAGCGUUGAUAAGCCUGGUUUGAGUUCACAAAAGAGAUUAGAAGCUCCAUUAACACCUGGUAGGGCUGCUUUCACCUUCAAUGCCAUUACUGAGCCAACAAGAUCACCCAUUGGGAAUUUCUCGAGAAAGAACUUCCCCUCUAAAUGGGAUGAUGCAGAGAAAUGGCUAAAUAGUAGUGGUUCUUGCCACGAAUCCCCUGCUCAUUCCAUAAAACCAGAGCCUUCAAAACCAUUGAAGCAAAACGACUCAAAAGUUGGGGUUUUGGCUGAUAUCCUCAAAGUUAAAGAAGAUAAUGGCACUGGUGUGGUCAUGAAUGGUUCUCUUUCUCUCUCUUCCCCUGCCCCUACUUUGGCUCCAUACAAUCAUGGGUCUCUUUCUCUCUCUUUUCCUACCACUACUGCCACAAAAGAUACAUCUUUUCAUGGGGUUUCAUCUGAUGUACUUCUUAAAGAUAGAUUUACAGACAAUGUGGAAACAAUAUUGCCUAACAUGAGAUACUCAGAGCCCAUGCAAGAAGGAUUCUUGUUCAGUAAUGGACAUUGCGACUCCAUGAAGGAUGCUUCAACUGAAGUGGUUUCAGAGGUUCAUCAUAGAGAUAUAGGAACAGAUAUGACUCCAUUAGGGAGCUCAAGGACUUCAAGGUGCCAUACUCCAUUGAAGAGCUCCUCACCUGCAAGGCACAACACACCAGCUAGUAGGUCAGGGCCAUUGAGUUGCUCUAACCCAACCAUUGAUAUAUCAGAGUUAAAUGAUUGUCAUUUUGCCAAGCUCGAAUGCCAGUCGAAUUGGAGCUCGAGAGAAGAGGAGGAGGAGGACGUUUCAAAGAGCUUGAGGCAUUUUGAGAUGGGGGGUUUAAGGAAGAGUGUUGCAGAGACCAGAGCUUCUUUGUGGGAAGAUGAAGAGAGAACCAAGUGUUGUAUGAGGUAUCAGAGAGAGGAGGCCAAGAUUCAAGCUUGGGUAAACCUUCAAAAUGCCAAAGUUGAGGCUCAGUCAAGGAAGCUCGAGGUGAAGAUACAGAAGAUGAGAUCAAGCUUAGAAGAGAAGCUCAUGAAAAGAAUGGCUGUAGUUCACAGAAGAGCCGAAGAAUGGCGGGCACAGGCUCAGUUACAACACUCUCAACACCUUCGUAGAACCUCAGAAGAGGCCCAAAAGAUCAAAUCACAAGAAUCUUAUAUACCUGAUCAAUCCUUUUGUGGGUGUUUUCCUUGUAACAAUUCUGUUUUUUAAUCACAGUUUCUGAUGAAAGAGAAAGUAAAUAGAAAAAAUUGAGAAGCCAUUUUUUGUUUCUCUUUCUUAAAACCUCAGUAAAUUCUUAAGAAAAGAGCCCACCUUCUGCUCUCUA